AUGGAUAAGGAAGAGGAUGAGGAUCGGAUAUGGAUCGAGUACUUGAAAGGCUCUGAAAGGCUCACUGGAGAAGGUUGUAAUCGGGGGGUGGAACUUCGGAAGAGAAAAAGUAGAGGGAACAAUCAGUUCUCCCUUUUCGGAGCUCCUGAGAGGGGACCGGAGAAGGGACCCGGACUCCGGAUUCCGGAUUCCGGGGUUCAGAUUCCUGUAUUCGGAUUCCGGAAAUCUGGGUCCGGAUUUCUAGAUCCGGAUUCCUGGGUCCGGAUUCCGGAAAUCUGGGUCCGGAUUUCUAGAUCCGGAUUCCUGGGUCCGGAUUCCGGAAAUCUGGGUCCGGAUUCCAAAUUCCGAAAUUCCGGGUCCGUGUUCCAGAUUCCUGGAUCCGGAUUUCGGAUUCCUGAAUCCGGAUUCUUGGUCCGGAUUCCGAAUCCCGAGCAAAAUGUCAUAAAAAUGACCAAGAAAACACCUUUUCUCGAAAAAAAUAGCCGCGCGAUUUUAGAGGAAUUCGGAGAAGAAGAAGAAGAGGAAAACAACGACACGCCGACUAGCAGAAAAAUGAGUGAGGAAGGAGAAGAAGAAGAAGACGUUGGAAGUGAUUCAGAAGACUCUCCAGAAGAUUCCGAACUCGAAAGCGAUCCAGAAGACGAUUUAGACGACGUCAAGGAUUCUGAAACCUCGAAAAUUCUCAUUUUUCUUCUUUUCCCGAUUCUUGGAGCUAUUGGUCCAUGCGCCUUUAAACUUGGAAAUUCAAAAUUGUCAGAAAUAUGUCGUGUUUGGGCCCAUUUUAAAGCUCUCAACGCGACAAACUGA